ACCACACGCUCUCAUUUCAUUCACAGAGAGAAAAAAAAAAUUAGAAAGAUCCCCAACUCAAUUGUGCAGAACUAACUGCAGAUACUCUCUCUACAUUUUCUCUCACUUUCUUUUCUCCAACUAACUUUAUUAUUUCACUCUUCAAAGCAAGCACACUUUAAUUUUCUCAUAUAAAUUAAGGUCGAUCAUGGCUGUGGAUUCGGCUCUAUCAUCUCCUUUGGGUCCCCCUGCGUGCGAGAAGGACGCGAAAGCGCUGCAGUUCAUCGAAGAGAUGACGCGAAACGCCGACGCCGUCCAAGAGAGGGUGUUGGCGGAGAUUCUGAGCCGCAACGCCGAGACAGAGUACCUCAAGCGCUUCAAGCUCGGCGGCGCCACCGACCGCAAAACCUUCAAGUCCAAGGUUCCGGUGAUCACCUACGAGGAUGUUCAACCCGAGAUUCAGCGCAUCGCCAAUGGCGACCGCUCUGCAAUCUUGUCUUCACAUCCCAUCUCUGAAUUCCUCACCAGCUCAGGGACUUCAGCUGGUGAGAGGAAACUGAUGCCAACAAUUAAGGAAGAGCUGGAUCGUCGCCAACUUCUAUACAGCCUCCUCAUGCCAGUUAUGAACCUGUAUGUGCCAGAUUUGGACAAGGGGAAGGGGUUGUACUUUUUAUUUGUGAAAUCCGAAACAAGGACACCUAGUGGGUUACUGGCUCGCCCGGUUCUCACAAGUUACUACAAAAGUGACCAUUUCAAGACCCGACCCUAUGACCCGUACAACGUUUACACCAGCCCCAACGAAGCCAUUCUCUGCCCGGACUCAUUCCAGAGCAUGUACACCCAAAUGCUUUGCGGCCUCAUCGAACGCAACCACGUCCUCCGACUUGGUGCUGUCUUCGCCUCUGGCCUCCUCCGCGCAAUCCGUUUCCUCCAGCUCAAUUGGCCAGAAUUGGCCCAUGACAUCUCUGCCGGAUCCUUGAAUUCCCGGGUCACCGACCCUGCAAUUCGAGAUUACAUGUGCCAUGUGAUGAAACCCGACCCGAAACUGGCCGAAUUUAUUGGACAAGAAUGCUCCAAAGAAAAUUGGGAGGGAAUCAUCACAAGAAUUUGGCCCAACACAAAAUAUUUGGAUGUUAUUGUAACAGGUGCAAUGGCCCAAUACAUUCCAACACUAAACUACUACAGUGGUGGGUUGCCACUUGCAUGCACCAUGUACGCUUCCUCGGAGUGCUACUUCGGGCUAAACCUUAAUCCCAUGUGCAAACCCUCCGAGGUUUCCUACACAAUCAUGCCAAACAUGGCCUACUUUGAAUUCCUUCCUCACGAGUCCAGCAGGGUAGACAGCUCGGCCCCGCCGAAACUGGUUGACCUUGCUGACGUGGAAGUGGGAAAGGAAUAUGAGCUUGUGAUCACCACCUAUGCUGGCCUCAACCGCUACCGUGUCGGUGACAUCCUCAGAGUCACUGGGUUCCACAACUCUGCGCCGCAGUUCCACUUUGUCCGUCGUAAGAACGUGCUGUUAAGCAUCGAUUCGGACAAGACGGACGAGUCAGAACUGCAGCGUGCAGUGGAAAACGCCUCCAAACUUUUGGCCGAGUUCAAGACAAGCGUUGUUGAGUACACAAGUUAUGCGGACACAAAAACUAUACCUGGUCACUACGUGAUAUAUUGGGAGCUUCUGACGAAGGACGACUCUGCGAACUUGCCGAGUCACGAGGUGCUGAAUCGGUGCUGCUUGGAGAUGGAGGAAUCACUUAACUCGGUAUAUAGACAAUGCAGGGUUGCUGACCAUUCAAUUGGGCCUUUGGAGAUAAGAGUUGUGAAGAGUGGGACUUUUGAAGAGCUUAUGGAUUAUGCUAUUUCAAGGGGUGCGUCUAUUAAUCAGUAUAAGGUUCCAAGGUGUGUUAAUUUUACCCCCAUAAUGGAGCUAUUGGACUCAAGGGUUGUGUCCGUGCAUUUUAGCCAACGUUUGCCACAUUGGUCUCCUCAAAGGAGAAGGUGAUUAAGUGAAUUUGUAAUUGGGCCUACCGAGUUUAAGUCUAAUGUCUAAUCAUGUAGAUGUAGAUUUUUGUUAAUUUAAUUUAAUUUUUUAAUUUAAUCUUUUGAAGUUGUAAGUUUAGACUAGGACCUGGUGAGAGUUCAAUGGGAGAUGUUGUACUGGAACGUCUCUUGGCCAGGUAAUUGUGUAUUUUGGUUGAAUUAACUUGUUAAGAGCAUGUGACUUUCGUUCUUUUUUA